AUGAACUCGCAAAAAAAGUGUGGUCGUUGGGAUGACCAAGAAAAACAAUUGCUACAAUCAUUGGUUCAAACUCAUGGUUAUAACUGGAGAGCAAUCGCUAUGCAUAUGGGGCAAACACGCGAUCAGCGUCAAAUUCGAGAACACUAUUUGAAUCAUCAAAACCCUGCAAUAAAUAAACGUAGAAUCACUCCAUCCGAGUCCGAAAAAAUUCAAGAAUUGUAUAGAAAACAUGGUCGUCAAUGGAAACUUAUCGCUUCAUAUUUCCCCUGCUUCAGUCCGAUUAUGGUGCGCAAUCAUUGGAAUAACCUUCAACGUAAACGGAUGAAUCAAAUUCGAUCCUUAAGAAGAAGCCAACAACCAGACCAUUCUUCAUUUGGAAAUCACCCAGUGGCCUAUCCUCAAUUUGGAAGCAGCCAACAACAGCCGACAACUCUUGCUCCUCCUUCAGAUAACAUUCGUAAAAAGAUGUCAAUAACUUAUCUGUUGAACUAA